CGCGAGAACAUUUCGACUUGGUUCGACUUGAGGCGCAAAUCUUCCCGUGUCUUCUCGACACCCCCGGCAACAUCGAUUUCGAGACGGAAGACUUCGCGGUCGGUGACGUAGUCGUGGCAAGAGAAGCAGCGAGAACUUUGUGGAAACUCUUGGGGGAAAGAAAGAAAAAGCAGUGAAAUCUUCCUGCGCGCCAAGUUAGAGAAGAAGCGUCUUUUCCUCAAAAAAUAAUUCGCAAGCAUUGCAACGUGUAUUUACGCAGCUGAGGACUCUUGACCUAACCAUGAGAAACGUUCAGUUGGAAUAUUCGUUUUUGUUUCUCUUUAUUUGGAAGUUAUUUGUCGUAAUCGGAAAUGCGUAUCCAGUCAUCGAUUUAGAGAACGAAGAGAUUCCAAAUAAUAUAAUUAAAAAAGAUAUUUCGACGCAUAACGCAGUCGUACCGGAUCCAACUUAUACAUGUGUACAUAUACCAUCGAAUUUAAAGCCAUGUAAAUUUGGCAGUUAUGAUAAAAUCAAAGAAAAUCGGAACUUACAUAUAUGGGCAGAGGAAGAAAAGCAGGAACUGUCUAAAAGUAAUACUAAUAGUAAUAAAAUAUUCUAUGCACAUGCAUUACCGAUGAAUCUUGAAGAAACUGACAAGCACAUAAAUACUAUAAUAUAUGAAAUACUAAGAUGCGUGCCGGCAAGACUGCCGUUUAUUUUACCUCGGUGCACGGACGAAGAUCUCACUAACGAGAAGAGCGAAAUUCAACGGCUUUAUCCCUUCAAACCAGACGAGGAUUUUUCGAAAGCAGCAUAUCAAUUUCCAAUGUAUAAUUUUUCUCAUAAUCUCGAAUAGUAUCGAGAUCUAUAGCUUUAAGGGAUAGAAUCGAGAUCUUUAAAGGAUCCACCCUCUAUUAUUUGGCAUAAUAAUGUUAUUAUUUACUAGAGCGAUCUGAAGGGAUUCUAUGAUGAGCGAUCUGAAGGGGCUCUAUAGUGUUGUGCAUUGAUGCCAUCGAUGAAUUCUAUCAUUUGUUAACCACAUGACUUGUUAACCUGAUUGCCUUUGAUUCUUCUUCACAUCACCUUUCUUCACACCAUCAUCUUGGAUAAAGCUAAAACAUACAUCUCUUAAUUCUUAUAUAUUAAAAUAUGUUAUUUUACAUAUAUACAGGGUGUUUCAUAAGUGGUGGACAAAAUUUCAGAAAUGGAUUCCUCAUGUUUAGAGAAGAAAAAAAAGUUAAUCAACAUAGGUCCGGAAAUGAUUAGUUUUUGAGUUAUUAAGAUUUUUAUAAUACAAAAUUUUGUCUUAUUUCUCGUCUUAAAAGUCAACAAUGUUUUUCAGACCGCCGAACUUGAAAAACAUUGUUGAUGCCUGUAAAAGAACUUCUAAGACAA